AUGGUUGCGGCUCUGCUGCGCAUGCCGGCGCUGCCGGGUCCUGGCGAGCUGCUGAGCCUGGGGCCCAACGUCGUCUUCCAGUUCCAACCGGACUUCAGCGCCCUGUAUGUGCGAGAAUGCUACCCGCGGCUAUUCGACGCCCUGGUGUGCGAUGAGAAGCCGACGAAGUACAUCGUCACGGGCACGCCCGGCAUCGGGAAAUCCUGGUUCGCGACAUACCUCAUCCUACGGCUCCUGAAGCGCAGCUCGCCGCCACCCUUCAUCUUGUGGGAGCAUUUCAUGUAUCCUGGCGAAGCGUGGUGCUACGUGCACGAGACGGGACAAGUGGUGGUGGGGCAGCGUUCGAGCUUCAGACAGCUGCUCGACAACCCCGCGACCUGGUACAUCGUCGAUGGUGCACCGCCGCUAUUCGACAUCCUGGCGCGUACCGUGCUGCUGACAUCGCCCAAGCGUGAGACAUACAAGGAGUUGCGCAAGCACGGCGCAGCGCUGCUGUACAUGCCGCUGUGGGAACUGGACGAGCUGCAGGCAUGCAGGAGGCUGAUGUACAGCACCGUGGACGAGUCGCUUACCACGGCGCUGCACCAGCACUACGGCGGUGUGGCGAGGUUUGCGCUGGGGCUGCCGUGGACCAAUCCCGGCAAGGGGCUGCACAAGCUGCUUGAGGAGCUGCGCACCGCGGUGGACGGCUGCAACACUGCGCAGAUGCGGAGCUCGAUUGGCGCCAUCAGCUCGGGGCCGGAGGUAAGCCACAGGCUCCUGCACAUCGUUGCCAACAAGAAAACGUGCGAGAUGCAGUACCUCAAGUUCGCCAGCAAGUGGGUCGCUGAAGAGUUCGCAAAGAAGGCAGUGCGCAAUGAGCUGCAGGGCGGCUGCUUCACGGCUGUGCCGAUCAGCUACAACGUCAAGAAGUCAACGUUCAUACGAGGUGUCGAGGAGAAGCUGCAGUUCGACCCCUGCACGGAGCAGGAGUUCUUCGAGGCCGUGCCCAGCAGCCCCACGGAGCAAAUCUACUACCGGCCAAGCAGCGCAAGAUUCCCGACGGUGGAUGCGCUGCGGCGCGGCAAUGGCACCUGCGACUUCUUCCAGAUGACAGUGCAGAACAGCAAGAGGCUUGACACCGACACGUUGGGCCGCGCCAUAGACCAGGUAAAGCUCAAGGCGGAGGAGGUGCCGCGCCUGCACUUUGUAGUGCCAGCAGAGAGGUACGCGAAGUUCAAGCUGACGGGCGGCCGCACCUGGGUGCCGUCAAGCCAGACGGCAUCACGUGUGAAGCUUUACAUCAUGAAGGGUGUGCACGCCCAGCUGAAGGCGGCCGCAAGCUGUGGCUUUGAACGCGCACAUUACAUGUGGCAUGGGCGCUGCGCUGGGAGACUGACUGGCGAGAAGGGUGGCGCCGCCGCGUUCGAUUGCAGGGUCGGCCUCUUUGACCCGGCCAACACGGAGGCGGCCAAGGCCAAGAGCGGAGAGACGCGCACCAAGUGCUUCUGCGGCUACUGCGCGACAUGCAAAAACCGAAUCAGAGUGCAGCAGUACCGGGCGAGGAAGAAGGCGAAGAACACAGAGCUCUAG